AUCGUUCUCAGGCAGAACAACUCGAACGGGCGCCAAGUGAACAUCGACGAUUAAAUUCGAACCAAAACGAACCCAGUGAUUAAGUUUUCAAUAUAUUGAAAAUAUCUUUUUUGAUUUUCUAAAAAAAAAAAACGCAAACAAAAUGGUUUACGAAAGUGGAUUUACAACUCGCAGAACCUACAGCUCCAGGCCGGUGACUACAUCGUACGCCGUGACGUAUCCAUCUGUUCAAAAGGUGACUCGUGUUUAUAAAUCGAGUUAUCCCAUUUACUCGAGUUACUCGAUCCCAAGACGCAUCGUCAGUGGAACACGUGUUAUUACAUCGCCAGUUCGAGUUGUAACCUCUCCCGCCCGUGUUAUCUCACGUGUGAUCCACUCCCCAUCACCCGUUCGUGUUGUGCGUACGACAACUAGAGUGAUUUCAUCGCCGGAGAGAACAACCUCGUACUCGUACUCUUCGCCAUCGACAUACUAUAGCCCAACAACCUAUGUGCCAUCAUCCUACUACACUUCGUCCUAUAUCCCAACUUCGUAUACAACGUACACACCAUCGUAUCAUUACAAUCCUACAACAAUUACACGAGUUUAUGCUCGCUCCGUUUCCCCGGUAAGGAUCACUACAUCUCCAGUCCGUGUAACACCUUCAUACUUGAAGAGGCUCCCACCUGGAUACGGCGCAAGGGCCCUAACUAAUUACCUCAAUACCGAACCCUUUACCACCUUUACUGAGGAAACUGGUAGAAUUCGUAACCGUGCCCAAUCCUUGAUUCGGGAUUUGCAUACUCCUGUUGUACGCCGCGCUCGCAGUUGUACACCAUUUCCAGUAUCAGGAUACGCUUAUGAGCCAACAUCACAACUGGCUCUGGAUGCUUAUGUAGCUCGUGUUACAAAUCCAGUUCGCCAUAUUGCCAAGGAGGUUCACAACAUUUCCCACUAUCCCAGGCCAGCUGUUAAAUAUGUUGGUAAAAGCCAUCUAGCAUCUGUGAGGAUUUGUGGUGAUAAGGCUUAUAAUGUUAGAAGCCCAAAGUACGAUUCGGACAAAGUUCGAACUGAUAUUAACCUCUUGUCCUGGUACCUUAGACAUCCAACAUGGAAAAAUGAGAAGCAAAAUCAUGUUCCUCAUCAGGAAGAUGCCGAUUUGGAUCCCAAUCGCCCAUCAAGAAAAUUCUCUGCACCCAGACCAUUGGAGGAUGAGAUUGAUUUGGAGAACAAGGAGAAGCAACGCUUGCGCCAGGAGCGUCUGUUGACCGUCAACGAGGAAGCUGUAGAUGAUCUGGAAGUGGAAAAGAAGCGGGCCCAGCGUGCAGAUGAAGCCAAGCGUGCCAAGGAAAUUAAGGCAUUGGAGGCGGAAAAGGCGCGUGCUGCCGCUGAAGCAGAGGCAAAACGUUUAGAAGCUGAGAAGGCCCAAGCUAAGGCUCAAGCUGAGGCGCAAGCUGAGGCCCAAGCUGCUGAAGAAGCCCGUUUGGCCGAGGAAUCUCGUGUGGCCAAGGAAGCUGCUGCUAAGGCUAAAGCUGAAGCCCAAGCCGCAGAGGAAGCUAAAUUGGCAGAGGAGGCUCGCUUGGCGGAGGAAUCUCGCUUAGCCGAGGAAGCUGCUGCCAAGGCUGAAGAGGCCCGCUUGGCAGAGGAAGCCCGCUUGGCUGAGGAAGCUAAAUUGGCUGAAGAGGCCCGUUUGGCAGAAGAAGCCCGCUUGGCAGAGGAAGCUAAAUUGGCAGAAGAAGCCCGCUUGGCUGAAGAGGCCCGUUUGGCAGAUGAAGCCAAAUUGGCUGAACAGGCUCGUCUGGAGGAAGAGCAACGUCAGCGAGAGCAGCAACUUGCCCGUUUGGCUGAAAUUGAAAAGCAAGCCGAAGAGGAGAGCGAAGCCGAUUUGGCUCGUCAAGCAGCUGAACUGGCAGAAAUAGCCCGCCAGGAAGCUGAGAUUGCAGCCCAAGAGCUUCAGGCUAUCCAAAAAUCCGAGGAACCCGUGGUGGAGGAACCAGUCACACCAUCCGACGAAGUUCAGCAAGAACCCGUCAUUGAAUUGAGCUCCAACAUUGAAGAGCCAGCUGCUGGUUCCACCACCGGCGGUGACAGCUACGAAGAAUAUACAGAAGGAGAGGAGGAGGAGGAGGAGUAAAUCAUUAAAAGUCACUAAUACUGCUGCCAAAAAGAUUCUUCAUGAAACACAUACAUACAUACAUACGAACUACGAUUUAAUUGCUCUAUUUUACUCUUUAACGAAGACAUUGCGACAUUUUCGUAUGUCAGUCAAUGACAUGCAAAGUUAUAGUUGGAUGAACCUUCCUUUCUCUCUGUGCCCAGAUACUUAUACUUAUAAUGCUACUUACACUUAAGAAUUCAAUUGCCAUAUACAUCGAUAUAUGGAUGCAUUCUGUUCUAUAACUAUUUUAACUGGUGCAUUUUCCUACAUAAAUCGCAUGUAAUCAUCAUAAAAUCAAACAAUUCGGGAAAUAAAACAAAUUUGUUUCUUAAACUAUAAAA